AUGGUUCAUGGUAGCAGAAGUUUUGAUCCAGAUAACCCUGAAGACAUGCAAUGGGUUUACUCAGAGGCUCUCAAGAGGGCAGAACUUUUCGGAAUUCAAGGAGUUACUUAUUCUUUGACUCAGGGUGUGGUGAAAAACAUCAUUCCUGCCAUUGCUUCUACCAAUGCUAUCAUCUCCGCUGCUUGUGCUCUGGAGACCCUAAAAAUCGUUUCUGAUUGCAGCAAGACAUUGUCGAAUUACCUAACGUAUAAUGGAGUCGAAGGUCUUCAUACCAAAGUUACAGAGUUUGUAAAGGACAAGGAUUGUCUCGUUUGUGGUCCUGCCGUUCUAAUUGAGUUGGAAAAGUCUGUUACUCUCGGAAAGGUCUUACUCUGCAUAUUUGUUGUGUGA